AUGGUGAAAGAAAAGAAAAGAGCAGACAGAAAAGGAGAUAAGUCGGCCCGCUAUCCUUCAUCUGUCUCUGAUUAUCCAGAGUUUUCCAAACAAGAUGGCAACACCACUAGACAAGAAAUGUCCCCAGGUGGUGUCCCACCAUUGGAAAUGCAACUCAACGAAAUGGGACCCAAGAAAGACCCCCAAAAUGUUCAGCAGAAUGAAGAUGCUAUUCAAUAUGAAGAGCCCAUUCUGACCAAACUCAUAGUGGAAAGCUAUAAAGGGGAAAAAGUUCGUGGACUGUACGAGGGAGAAGGUUUCGCAAUUUUUCAAGGAGGCUGUACCUACCAUGGUAUGUUCUCAGAAGGACUCAUGCAUGGACAAGGGACUUAUAUUUGGGCCGAUGGAUUAAAAUAUGAGGGGGACUUUGUGAAGAAUAUUCCCAUGAACCAUGGUAUGUACACGUGGCCUGAUGGCAGCAUGUACGAAGGAGAAGUGAUCAACGGCAUGAGGAACGGCUUUGGUAUGUUCAAGUGCAGCACCCAGCCCGUGUCCUACAUCGGCCACUGGUGCAAUGGCAAGAGACAUGGGAAGGGCUCCAUUUAUUACAAUCAAGAGGGUACCUCUUGGUACGAGGGAGACUGGGUACACAACAUCAAAAAGGGCUGGGGAAUAAGAUGUUACAAAUCUGGAAAUAUAUACGAGGGCCAGUGGGAAGACAAUAUGCGCCACGGGGAAGGGAGGAUGAGGUGGCUGACGACCAAUGAAGAGUACACCGGCCAGUGGGAGAGAGGGGUCCAGAAUGGCUUUGGAACACACACAUGGUUUCUAAAGAGAAUCCCUAACUCCCAGUAUCCUUUGAGAAAUGAAUACACGGGAGAGUUUGUAAAUGGGUGUCGUCAUGGACACGGAAAGUUUUCCUAUGCCAGUGGAGCCAUGUAUGAAGGAGAAUGGGUUUCCAAUAAAAAACAUGGCAUGGGCCGAUUAACUUUCAAGAACGGGCGUGUGUAUGAAGGCCUGUUUUCCAAUGACCACGUCACAGAGUUUCCAGAUCUGGAAACAGAACUCAUAAAUUACCUGAACUCGCCUUCAGAAGUUGCCAAAAGAGGCCAGCAAUGCAGACCAUCCAUGAGUGCUGAACUUAUCAGAAAGCUUGAUGGCAGUGAAAGUCAUUCUGUGCUAGGAUCGAGUAUCGAGCUGAAUCUAAAAUUGUUGUUGAACAUGUACCCUAAGGCAGACCAAGCAGAAGAGAAGAAGCAGGUAGAAUAUGCCAUCUUAAGAAAUAUUACAGAAUUAAGAAGAAUCUAUAGUUUUUAUAGCAGCCUGGGAUGUGAUCACUCUCUGGAUAAUACCUUUCUGAUGACAAAGCUUCACUUCUGGAGAUUUUUAAAAGAUUGCAAAUUUCAUCACCACAAAAUAACUCUUGCAGAUAUGGACAGGGUAUUAAGUGCCAAUAAUGACAUACCAGUUGAAGAAAUUCAUUCUCCAUUUACAACAAUACUUUUGAGAACCUUUUUGAAUUAUCUCCUGCAGUUGGCUUACCACAUUUAUCACAAAGAAUACCAAAACAGAAGUCCAUCGCUCUUUUUGUGUUUUACGAAGCUGAUGACUGAGAACAUUCAUCCAAAUGCCUGCCAGGUAAAAGGCAAUUUAUUCCGUGAGCAACAGCGGACACUCUAUGCAAUGAAUUACAUCGAUAAGUGCUGGGAGAUUUAUCUGACUUACUGCAGACCAAAUGGAUCUCCUCCCAACGAGCUUACAAUGAAGAUGAGACACUUUAUCUGGAUGUUGAAAGACUUUAAAAUGAUAAACAAAGAAUUAACAGCAACCAAAUUUGUGGAGGUAAUAGCAGAGGAUAAUCCUUUCAUACAUGAUGGAAUUGACAGCAACUUUGAACUUGAGCUGGUUUUCCUGGAAUUCUUUGAGGCUCUCUUAAGCUUUGCACUGGUUUGUGUUACUGACCAAAUGUCCAAAUCCUAUGUAAAUAUUCCAAAUGAUGAUUUUUCUGGAAACAAAUAUGGAAGUAUUUCUACAGCAAUAAACCAGGGUGCCCUAAACAGGAGUUCAGCUGCAGCCGCAAGCCACGAAUCUGAUAUCGGUCACUCUGACAGUGCCAAGUCAUCUUCAAGCAAGUUAGGACUCUUGCCUGAUAUUAACAAAAUAAGGAAAGCAGAGCCCAAGAUCAGGACGUCUCUAAGUGAUGAAAGAGUUUCCAAAAUGAACUAUAAAUCUGCCGGAAAAGGGCUGACCUUUUUCUUAUCUCAAAAUGACAAAUAUGAAAAACCCAAGGAUGAUCAAAAGGAAAAACUCAGCAUGUGGGUCAAUAAUAUAUAUAUCUUUUUUAUGAACACACUCUUUCAAGCAUAUAAACAUGAAGAAGCUCUCAAAAAAAAGAUGAAAGAAAAUAGGUCCCUUAAUGCUGCAAUGGCUCAACAGAAGAAAAUUGAGAAUGAUGAACUGGAAGCCAGGCUGAACGUCUUGAGAGAAGAAGAGGCCAAGAGACAAGACUUCGAGGUCGACAUCCUGGUUAUCAAGGAGCCGAUGGAUGCCCCGUCCUCCAGCCUCACACUGAGCCCCCCCAAAGAGGACAUGGCCGUCUCCCAGCCCAGCAAGUCUGUCAGCAAGAAGAAGAAAAAGUAAUGAACCCUGAGAACAUGCACACACAAAGAAGUUUCAAGCUGCAGGCACCAUAAGUUUCCAUAAUAAAAUGGUUUGCAUUUCCCUCCUUCUCAUAGUGUUUUGAAACAUUCCUGCCUUGGCCUGCUGCAUGUCAGGUUUCCAUUUUGAAAACAGAGGUGAAUGAAAAUAUAACAUAUGCAUGUUAAGUGAAUGUGUAUUAAAUGUUUUUUUAAAAAAAUAAAAAUUAAAGAACAG